CAACAGUAACCAGACCCUUCUGGCUGACUACGCGCUCUCUGACAACCAUGAAAGUCCCCAGUCCAGGAAUGUGCACAGCCUGAAAGAGAAGAAAGGGUGGAUCAGAAGAAGUUUUGCAGGGGAUGUCAGAAGACUAUUUCCCUCUCACCCCUCCUGCCUGUGAAGAACCAGAGAGUGCAGUCUUUUGGCUCAUAAAGAGACAAACGGGGUUCCCAAGCUGGCAGUCACCCCUAGGCAAUCCACUUUAGUCAUUCAACUCUGCCAGCAGAGGACUCAGGCAGGCCCAGAAAAUGUCCAGCCCUUCUUCCAUCAUUAGGCCUGGACCUCCUGGCAUGUCAGAACUGACAGAGGAGCUAGCCUGUGGCCCAUUUUGCAUUGCAGAGUCCUUCUGGGGCAUGAUUCCUGCUUCCACAGAGGGGAAGAAUAUCUGCGUUCCGUGGCAAAUGGGCUCUCGCGGCUAAAUCAACCGUGAGAGGGAGGAAAGGAGAGGGAGGCAAGUCCCACCUGGUAGAAAGCCAGCUGUUGACUGAGAUAAUAGGAUGCACUGGACCAAAACUUAGCGAGCUCUGGAAAACAAAAGAAGAGACAUGUCAUGCUCCCAGGAGGCCACCUCAAAACAGUUCAGCACCCUGAAUUCCUGCCAAAGGAGUGAUGCGUUUCUGAGACAAGCAGUUCAGUUCCACUGGCGGCUCCUGCUUGGAGAUCCCUGGGAAGGCAGGGGCCAGGUCGGGAACAGAACCCAGGAGUCACGCCUGCCCAAGCGCUCCUUCGGCCCCUUGGGUGCUAAGGUAGCUGCCUUCUUGCAGCAACCUGCCCUGCUCAGCCAUGCCCACCUUCCUCCUUCAGGGCUUCCACACCUGUUUUCAGACAUGUCACUGGGCCCGACAGCACGUGUGAAAUUGGGCCUGAGGGCCUUACCAGAAUUUCUGAGCUUCUCAGCAGUUGGAGGCGAGCGAGGUCCCGAGAAGAGGGAUUUUGCCAUCUUGCUUCCCCCCUUGCUGCAGGUCAACAACUGUAGCAGGUGGGCAGCCUUCCAGCAAAACAACCCUCCUCCUCGGCCCUUCACCCCUGCCCCUAGUUCUGCUUCUCUCUGCCUACUCCUCCUCACGGCACAGCAGCUCCUCCAGAGCACAGCAGCGGCGAGAUCAGCUCCUCGGCAAGCACCUGGAGUCUCUCCGGCCUCUCUGGGAGAUGUGGGGAGGACACGUGGGGUCGUUGAGCUUAAAGGGGGCGGUCACCGCUGUGAUGCAGGGCUAUGCCAUUAUGACCUUAGAACAUGUCACAGAGGGACUGCACACGCCCUGCCACUGGGCCUGUCAGAGGUGCCCCAGUGGUGGCCUGUGGGAGUGGAGCCCUGCGGCUUCCGCACGUCGGAUCAAAGCUACCCAGACAGCUCUGGCGCAAGGACACAGGGAGGGCAUUGCGCGGCGCUGACUCUCAUUAUGUCAAUGGGUUGUGUGCUUUGCGACCCGUGGGCUAAACACAGCCCUGCGAAGAGCCAAGACUGUGCAGUCUUGCUUUCCCCUUACUAAAGGAGUUGGUGACUAGGUUUCAAGAUUGCUGAAAAAAGGGUUUAGUAAAAAGUAUACAAGCGAAAAUUAUCCGUGUUAGUUCUAUCCAUCAGCUUCAUUAUAUAUUUUGUAUGUGGCCCAAGACAAUUCCUCUUCCUUCAUUCAGGGUGGCCCAGGCAGGCCAAAAGGUUGGACCCUCUUGCGGUAUGUAUUAGAAAAGCCUUUGGUUGCUUGCCUUACUCAUUAGAAGACACAGGGUUUUGUAAUUACAGCAUUUAUUUUUACAAAAGCGGAAGUGGUGACAUCACAGUAAAUGGUCUUGCCAUUCUUUGUAAACACACAAGGAGCAGUGACAAGGAACGCAUCUUUAAACACAGCCGAUACGUCAAUUUCACAUCCAGUAUGAAAUGGAGAGACACUAUGCUAAAUGGACAGCCAGAGAAGCGAGCUCCCUUUGUGCACAGCUGAGACUUCACCGUGACACACACAGGUCUCAAGGAGUAACUGCUUUCUGCAAACCGCCUGACACAUUUUACCUCUGUUGUUAGCUGCUCACACAUUCGGGAAAGUUAACCAUCGGAAAUACCCCGGGUGCCUACCUCCAAGCUCUUUUUCUUCUCCAAGCUCUCUAAUUCGUUUAAUGAGGGCCAUUAAAAUGGAAAUCAAACUGAUAAUCCCGUAUUAAAAAUUGAUACAUUUUUGAGGGUUGCAAAGCUGAGAACAGGAGAUUGGAAUCGUAAUCGGUAAUGAAAAGCGGCCCUGAUGAGAAGCUAUUCUCUGGGCAGUUUUCCAGAGUUGCUCCUCGGAUGCACUAGAAUCCUUCCCCUUCGAUGUCACUGUUAAUGUCUUAAUUCCUGAAGGAAAAUGACAUCACAUGUUUGUUUCCUACAUAGAGCAUAUCUGACCUUCCAUGGACUGAAAGGAAGCUUUCAUUUCUAAACAUAGCUUAUUCGUACAAAGGUACUGUAGAAAUCCAUAUUCUCUCAGGAAGUAAAAUACACGCCUGUAGGCAUCUACAUUGCACACACCUUCAACCAUUAGGUAUUCAACUGAAUGCUCAUGCGUUAUACCAUGGGCACAGGUGGUCUUAAGAUGUGUGACAAACCUAACGGCUUCAAAAUGCUGUUAACUUACUAACUGGGCUAUCAAACAUCCAGCAGUGCUACAUCAAGUGUAGCUUCUGGUUGAUGUGAAGAUAUUUCACAUUAGCCCACAACAGGACUGAACCGUACUAGAAAAAUACUACACACGGUGUAAGCUGUAAUGAAACCACCUAGCAGGCACCUCAGUUGAGAAAGUAUGGAGAUGCUUCGUAAAACAGAAGCGCGUUUGUUAAAAUAACUUUUGGUAGUCUUCUGUUUCGAGACUGUUUCUGAAUUGUAGAAAUGAAUAAUCCCAGCUCAAAGAGAAAGAUAUGUAUUAGUAGCAACAAGAAACGGCAUGCCUCUUCUGGAGGGAAUCCCCAUUUGAAUCAUUUUUAUAUGGCUCUCAUGGAGCCAUCUGUAACCCCAAAGUCUACCAGUAAUCCAAUGGAAGCACCCCAUUUAUGCAAUUUUUCUAAGAAGGCAAAAGUCAAAGCCUGAAAAACCUAAGUUAGCCAUAAGAUUGAAGUCAAAUUAAACAUUCUCCAAAUUGACCAUUUGUGGCCAUUUUAAUUUUGUAUGAAAGAUACCUAGGAAACUUUAAGACAACGUUCAAACUAAACAGUUCUCCUGAGAACCAGCUUCAUUUACUCUCUGGUUAGGCUUAGGGAGUAAAAGGACAGGUUUUAAAAAGUAAUCUGAAGAUUCCCUUUAAAUUUUCUCCUAUCAUUCUUCUUCUGUCCUGCUGAGAGUAUUAGCAUCAACAGCACAGCCUUGCUGUUCGGGAAUUUAUGCAGUAAUAAGAAUCUGGCAAGAAGUUAAAGACUGUUUUCCUAAUGUUCUCAGGAACUACUUUGUUCACUGGAAGGCUAGUCUACAGAGAUAUUUUGCACCACAAGUCCAGAACAAAGGCCCCACUCAACUGGGGUUUUCCUUCCAAGAACUGUAUACCUCACAUAGUCCUGGAAGAAGAAAACUUUUGGCGUUAGUUUUGUAUUAAAUACACGUGACUUAGUCCAGCUGCCACAGAGCCAGAAAUGUUUGUCCCUGCCCAUGAAGCCCAGCAAUGCAGAAAUGAGAACAACAUUUUAGAAAUGAGAACCAGAGCUCACAAAUUCAUUAGCUCAUUGUCACUGAGUUAUCUAGACCAAUCUACAUUAAUCUAUGCCCGUGACAGGGGGGCAGUAGGCCCGUGGGCCCCCUGGCUCCCAAAAAAAUGGGAAGGGAAAAAGGAAAGGGUAGCAGAACGGGAGCUGGGCUCAGAGAGGGAAAAAGAACGGAGCAGCAGCAACGAUCUAAGGAGGAAAACUUAUUUUACUAUGAUAUCGAAAUGCAAGAUAACACAAUAUAAUACAAUCUAAUUGAAAUUAAGGGUAAUAAAUCAAAUAAAAUAAGGGAGAGAAAGUUUCCAAAACCGAAAGGCCUACGUGAAUGAAGGUGCACAGCUUGGAAGCACACCCACCCCUCUGCCUGAGUGUGAGAGAGAGUCAGAUCCUGUGACUUUCGUGCUGUAUCGCCCUUCUCUGACCAUGAGAUCCUCUGGGAUAGGUAGUUCUUCUUCUCUUUUGAGAAGCAGGUAUCUAGAAGGUUGUCAAUCCACAGAACUGGAGUAUUAACCCUUUAAUUACCUGUGCUGUACAUGAUGAUAUGAUGUGGAAUACCAAUAGCAAAAUUACAAAAUCAUGACACAUCUUCU